AUGUUCGAUCAAGUCGAGCUAACCGUUUCGCCUUCCUGUUACAAUUGCCUUGCCUGGUCAGCAGAUGGUGAGAUCGCUCUGGCCGCGGGUGAAUAUGUUCAAAUCCUAACGCCGAAGAAACCAACGCAUAGGAAAGAAGAAAAUGACUCUGAUCACCCAAAUUCUGAACCAGAAUGGCAUAUCACUCGUUUUCGCGUCAACUUGUUCACUAGCAGGGAGUGGCCUACAGUUUUCCCUCAGAACAGGGAUGAUUUCUCAAUUGGGGUCGAACUCUCGCCGAGUUCAGUUGUCAGUCUGUCCUGGUCACCACCUGGACUCUCCAGACACAGGCGGUGCACUCUUGCCGUGCUGACUUCUAAUUUGGUACUAUCAUUCUAUCAACUCGUUGAUGGAAAAUGGAUGCGAGUUGCCAUCGUCAACAAUGCCCUAGCAGCACAUUUCAACUCGUUCAUUCAUGAUGAGGGUCCGCGAUUGAGGAAGACUAAUAUAAGGGAAUUCGCAUGGUGUCCGCCUUUAAAAGUACCGCAGGGCCAAAACGAUUCCGUCCCUGCAGCGGAAAGCAGAUGGGGGUUCCAAAUACUUGCAGUUGCUAAUGAUGACAAUGACCUCAUUUUCCUGCACGUUCGGAGAGCGGAAACUGGUUCUCCUCCCUCUUCUUAUUCUUUUGAUAUCAUCUCGAUUAUCUCAGUGCAUGAUCCCGCGGCAACAAAAUAUCCUACAGUCCAGUCCGGAUCGAUCCUGGCUAUGUCCUUGAAGUCAAAAAUGAGGAUCACUGGCCUGUCAUGUGGUCCCUGGAUCCUCAAGCAAACGGGGACAGUACCGGACGUUUGUCAUGCGAUAGGAAAUGCAGCUGCCACUUAUGGUACCAAAAUAAAGCUGAUCAGGCUUGAUAUAGAUUUACGACAAGAUGGCGAAGACUCUGAGACUCAUUCUCGCUGGAAUCUGCAGGCAACCGCAUCGGAAAACCCAGAUUUAUCCAGCAAAGAUGCUGGCGAACGCGUCUACCGCGGCCCUCUUGAGUGGUUUCAAGCAGAAGAGGAUGGGGAAAUUGGCCUAGCUGUGACUACAAUAGGAGCUCUGAUGGUGAUGAGCCUCCCUCGCGCCGUAUAUGAGGGCAAAGAGGCAUCAUCUAGAAGAGUUCGAACAAGAGAAUAUCCCCUGUUGGAAAACACCCACACCACCUUCGAGGAAACGGAAGCAAGGCAUUGGGAAUCUAUCAGUGCAAUGACGGUCGCAAGUGAUGGCGAUUCCAACCUAUCCUCACUUCAUUUGGGCACAUCCGGGGGACAUGCUGCAGCCAAGAAAUUCAUUGAAUUCACUGAUGCCCAGGAUGACGGCCUGUUCUCGCCACCACCUUGGAAAAGUCAGGUCGAUGCUAUACGGGAGAGCUUCGAUAUUGACCAUGAUCUCGGAGGACUAGCGAUCGGGAGGAUCUGGGGACUGGCAGCAUACGGUGGACUCAUUGCUGUCGCAUUUACUCUCCAUCCAGGAGACAUGAUCGAGUACCGCACUGGCUCACAGGAGCGUACUAUCAUUGUUUUCUCCAAAGCAGACCCACAUCAGCAACAACAGACACCGUCAUUCAUUCGCGAUUCUCUGGACUAUGAUAACAGGAACCCCUGGUACCAGAAACUGGUGUAUACGGCUGCCUGUUGUGCUCUUGUAGAAUCCGAGGAUGAGUCUUUACUCCUCCAAGCCAGAGAGGUCUUCAAGUGGCUUACGACUGUUACCGGAGUUGAUCUGCUUGAGGAGCUAACAAAAUGUUCCUCACCUGAGAAUAAACUCGAAGCAAAGUCCGUAGAGCAGCUCAACGGCGCUGGUGGGCACAUCUUUGAAAAGUGCGAUAUAUGCGAAGCUGGAAUAGCUUGGUACUCAGCACGGGAAGCACAGUGUGCAGGCGGCCAUCUUUUCGUCCGUUGCAGUCUCUCAUUCUUCUCUAUUCAAGAGCCGGGAGUAUCCAAGUUCUGCUCCGACUGCAGCACAGAAUACCUCAAUGAAGAUGCCCUCGCUCAACUCCACGAGAGUGGACUCCAAAGCGCUUAUAAGAAACUCUCUAACGCUUUUGACACGUGCAUAUACUGUGGGGGCAAGUUUCGUGCCUAA